AAUCAUCUCAUCUCUGUUGCAUUUACCUACCAUGGGCUGCUGUGCGUCCAAGAAACCUUUGACGGCGGCGGAGUCUCCUCCUCGUCCUUCUCAUCCCCCGCCGUCCGUUCACCAGCCACUUCGUCAGCCGCUGCCGCCACCAGUUCAGACGCAGUUGCCCACGGUAGAAAACUGUAUCAAUUUCUUUCAAACCAUCAAAAAGGAGGCCGACAUUGAUUAUUUGGUUGAUCUCAUCGACGAGAAGUUGCAGUCUCUUCUAAACAGGUCAAGCACUUCUUCAGAACCUGUUUCCUGUACACUGAAGGGUAGGGAGAAUUCAGUAUGGAGUUCCCUUAUCCAAAGUGGGUCUAUAUUCCUUGAAGUUUUGAAUAUGAAUAUUCAGCUGGAGAAGGGAGACGAAGUAAGGAGACAAGAUUUAGCACGAAGAUUGGAUGAUGUGGGGAAGGUGCAUUGGGUAUUUGGAGGGCUAUCCACUAUAGCUUUCUUGUUAGGAGAGAUUGGUCAAGUCUCUGAAAACCAGAGUGAAUGCAUAGAACUCUUGAGUGAAAUGGUUAAGCUUGCUGCGUAUAUCAAACUGUUGAGUUAUGAUAAGCCAAACGAAGAAAAGAUAUUGAGAAAGGCAAUUAUAAUGAUUAUUGAAGGAUCCAUGAUGUGCGCUUCUCAAUUGAAGUCUAGAAAACUUUUCAGUUUUUUAAAGGAUUCUGUGGACUCCAUAAGUUUGAUCGCUUUACAAUCAAGAAUAAAUCAGCUCCUUCUCGGACUAAAACCUGAGCAGUCCAUUGUCUUCCCUCCAUGGAAGCCCAUUCAUCCAGAUUAUGCAGUUGGCAUCCAAAAGCAGAAGCAACAAGUAAUAAAGUUGCUCGAUAUGGAAACAGACAAAAAGUCCUCAUUGGGUGUAGUUAUUCAUGGAUUUGGGGGAAUAGGAAAGACAACUCUUGCUACUGCUGUUAUUGCAGACUUGGAUCUCACUGAUUACAAUUACUCGGGAGUUGAAAUCAAAGAAAACCGCUCCAGGAAUAACAUAAUAUGUAUGCAGGAGCAAAUAUUGAAAGAUGCCUUCCCAGCAUAUACUUAUGAUAGGAAUGCAACAUUGAGAAAUAGUACAGAUGGCCGGGAUCAUCUUAUCAGCGCUUUCCAAGCAAAUGGAAAUAAGCCAGUAUUUCUGUUUAUUGACAACGCUUUUCGCGCAGAAGACUUGAAAGACCUCUUCCCAAAGCGUUUAGCAGGCCUUCCAAUGGGGAGCAGAAUAGUGAUCACAACUCGAAAUUCUGGUGUGAUGGAUAUGCUCAAAGACGUAGGCCUUGCAUGUCGUGAGCAUCGUGUGGGUGCUCUACCCCAGCAAGAGGCAACCAAAAUUUUGCUCAGAGAUUUCAGUCCUGAUAAUACCAGACACAAAGAGAACGUGCGGAAAGCCCUUCAGAUUUGCGCUGGGAUUCCGUUAGUCUUAGAAAUUGUUGGUGCUCAUUUGCGUAAGCAUAACUACAUAGGAGACAGAUGUACGCAAAUAUUUGAAUCUUUGGAGAGAGUAAAUGUAGAGAUUCUGAGCCAACGUGCAGUUACUUUCCUGUGUAAUGAGCUGGAUCAGUCUACGAAGGAAGCGUUUUUGGAUAUUUGUUGCUUCUUUUUCAACUGGAGUCGCCGCGAUGUGGAGUACAUCGUUGGAGCAGAGGAAGUCACACGUCUGGAAGAGGCGGCUUUGUUCAAGACGUCCAACAAAAACAAGGUAAUUGUUCAUGAUGUCAUCCAAGCAGAAGGGCUGAGUAUGUCUGAAUCCAGUAGAAUUAUGGACAUGCAAUCCUGGCUAGAAGUUGCAGGUAACAAUCAGAGGCUCGGUCAAAUUAAAGGAGUUUGGCUUAGUGGGAAGGAUUUUGAAUCUGGGUAUGAACUUGAUGAGAAGCACAUUGUUUCGAUGAGAAAAAAUUUGAGAGUUCUGGCCUUGGGGAACAAGAUAAAUGUAUCACGAUCGAAUCAAAGGACACCCAAAUUUAAUGAAUUGAGAUUUCUCUGUCUAGGCGGCGAUAUCUCUGCUUUAUGGCCACAGAAUUUAGAGUCCCUUGAGGAGUUGGCUGUGUUCCAUGGCCCUGUCUUUAAGGACGGUGUGACUUUGUAUCAGUUACCGAUGAAGCUACGGGUGAUGAAAGCCACAGCGCAAUCUCGGGAAUCUACAAAUUCGCAGAGGUCCAGGCCCGCCAAUGUCAUCCCAAAUUCUUCUUUAGAGGAAUUGGAUUUGAAAGAAUUGAAAUCUUUCCAGACAUUACCCGAACAACUUGAUCACUUAAAUGGCCUCAAGGUUUUGAUAUUAGAUGAAUGGGACAAAAUGCAGGAGCUGUCUGAGCAGGUAAAUGAACUCCAUUCAUUAUGUAAAUUGAGCAUCUGUGGUGGCAAUUCUUUGAAGAGUCUGCCAAAAUCAUUUGGGCAAUUAAGUUCUUUAGAGGUGUUGAUCUUAACAAGCUGUAAGCAAUUGGAAGAAUUGCCCUCAAGUUUUGGAGACCUGAGCUCUUUAAAAAAAUUGAAUCUAGCAGAGUGUGCAAACAUAAAAGAACUUCCUUCAAGCUUUGGAAGAUUAAGUUCUCUGGAGGUUUCAAAUCUAGAAAAGUGCUGGAAAUUGGAAGCAUUGCCUUCAAGCUUUGGGAAACUGAGUCAGUUAAAAAAGUUGAGCCUGCAGUCAGAUGAGCUUAAAGAAUUACCUUCUAGCUUUGGGAAGCUUACAUCUUUAGAAGAGCUGAAGUGCAAUUGUCUGGAACUGAAGGAAUUACCUGUUACCUUUGGGCAGCUUAAUUCUUUAACAAAUUUAGAUCUAAGUUGUUGCGUGAAAUUGAAAACCUUGCCCUCCACCGUCGGAGAACUUAGGUCACUAAAAGUUUUCAGUUUAUUCUCUUGCUUUAGAUUAGAAGAUUUGCCUUCCCAGAUCGGGGAACUUUCAUGUUUGACACAUUUAGAUUUAAGACAAUGCCACAGUUUGAGAGAACGUCCAAAAUUUUCUUGUCCGAGACGCAGACAUCAGUCCAUUUGGCUUCCGGACCACCUAAUGGACAGGAAUUCCUCGUCUUCAAAUUAGAUGCUUCAAAUGAUCGAGUCUUUCAAGUACUGUUGUCGUCUUUAUCUCUGUCUGUAUGGCAGAAAUAUAUUUGUAUUUAUGAUGUCAGUUUGUGAUAUUAUAAUAUGCUUGUAUAUGGUUGUUUAUUUAAUGAGACAAUCUUGA